CUUAUACGACUCUGACCUUCCUGAAGAUGAUGCAGAGAAUUACAGGCGGUUACGCCUGAGAAACAGAACCUCUGGCAGUGGCUGGAAUGAAUGUAACUCAGCAACUUCUACAGAAAUGAAGGUAGUUCUUUUGACAGUAGAGAUAUGCAAAUUGAUCGUGAGUCACGCCGAGAUAUCGAAUUUAAAGAUAACGACAAAGGGAUUACCUAGAGUUUGGUCUCUUGAUUACGAUUCUUAUCUAGCCGUUUCUACGUACCCAGGUGCUCAGACGUGCUUUGCUAAACUGCGAGAGUUUACGUGCGACGGCUUAUUUCUUAAAGACAAGCUUGUCCUUCCUCUUUGUACGAUAUCUCAAAAUGUUACCAAAAUUGAAAUUGCAGAUCAACAUGUCGACACCAUUGUCGAACUGGAAAAGUUUAUACGUUCACAGCGUAAUCUACAACACUUUAAAUUUCAUGGGAAUUAUUGUGAUCUUUCUUCAAUCGUUCAAGCACUAGGCAUCCACAAGAACACUCUCAGGCAUCUGGAAAUAUGUUCGGGGUAUUUUCGCAAUAGACAAGCGUUCGUUGAUUUAUCAGAGUGUCAUAAGCUUGAAACGCUUCGGCUGAAACAAUGCUAUCUGCCUGAUUACCAUCUAAAGCCUCUUGCUGAAGGCAAACUGACGAGCCUUAGAUGUAUCGAGCUAGAAGAUAUUCCCGAUGUAUGGAGCGAUAUUGACGAUGACGAGGAUGACUUUGACCCGCCAAUUGAGCAGUUUAAACGCUUGAUGAAUAAUAUUGGUGCACAACUGGUUGAGGUGCGAAUUCCCGUCGAAUUAUAUUAUUAUCCUGGACUGGUCCGUGCUAUAGCUGCACAUUGCAGUAAUCUGAAAGUAUUUGCUGCCAAUAUCAA